GUACUGUAGUUACUGCAUGACUGACUAAGGCCUCAGAGAGAGUAAAAGAGAGCGAAAGAGAGAGAGAAAUAAAUACUGAAGCCAGGACACGUCUCUUGAGCUGUGUUUUCACCUCAGGUGAACUGUAUCUGUAUUGUACUUAGGGAUCAAGCCCACACUCUGUGGCAUUGGAGUAACAUCAUUUCACACAGUUGGAUACAUGAUGAGGAUGACUACAACUACAUGUCUGCUCAUGAUACUGGAUACAGUGAACCUGGUGAAGGAGAACCCAGGGUACGCAGGUCACUACGACCUUCUGCUCAUGGUGUUGGACCAGCAGGGUCAGGGAGCCCUCCACAACCUGUCCGUCACCGUGUAUGACUGCUCUGGUGGCCAGCUACAGUCUCGGCAGGGCCUCUGGAACCAAGAUUGGAGCGAGGGCUGUAGGGAUUGUCAUCGGUGUCACGCUGCUACUGCAAAGUUGUCUACUGUUGUACCUCCUGUUGACCAGUAAAAGAGAACUGAAGCUGAUCCCGACAGAUGAAAACUCUGAAGAACGUCAGAUCAAAUCUAACAUUGAGAUCCCAGGAACUGAUUGCAAGGUGCCUACAUGUAUCACACUCAAAGUGGACAGUCUGCUGGGAGCAAAAGCUGCUUUUCUACCAAUCAAGAUGCCGGUUUGGAAACCAGCCAUAUUUAAUCACCAUUCAUCAGUACUGUUUUGGUUCACACUGGGCAUAUUUGGCAAAUGGAAAAUUGUUGAUCCAAGCAAAGUAAAUAUGAUACUCUUUCCCCAGGCUGUACAGAGGUCCACCAGUAUGCGAGCACCGGUGUGUUCAGGAUAUUUUUCCUCAUACCAAGAGCAACGGGAACAGUUUCAACAAGGAACCUCUCUGCGCAAGGUAGGCUAUAUAAGUCUAAUAAAUCUACUACCUUCAUCCACUUUUGACCUGUCAAUUACAUUUUCAGUGGCACUGAACUACUGCAACAUUUUGAAUUUGGUUUCAGAGUGCGCCCACAAAAUUACACUCCAAUGGUUAUGGACAGAGGAUGUUAAUUCUGCAGAUUCCCGGAGAGGAGCUGGGGGACUAUGCCCCCCACCCCUACGCUAAAGAGGGGGACCUAGAGACUGACCUCCAGCUGGGUGCUAUUGCCAUCAGAGACCCCCUUCGACCAGGAAAAGCUACUCUACUUGGGCGCCAGGUUCAACACGCUG